CAUCAUUUUGCGUGCGUGCUUAACACUUUGUUCAGGCAGAAGCCUCAGAAUGAUAUCUAAAACCGGGAAGAAAAUCAGCUAAGGAACAUAUGUUUUACUAUGCUGGGACACACCACCUAAACCUGUUGCUAUUAGUUGCUUUUUGUAGUAGGACUGUGGAGUUGAAGAGCCAACAAAGUGGGAUUACAAGGAUCUAUCUUUGCUACAAAAGCCUAAAGAACCAGGAAUAUCCUUUGCCAACUUCAGUUCAACAUUCGUACACGGAACUAACAACAUUAAAGCAACUCUAUGGAGAUUGGAAGGCUGGAUUAUCUUUGACCCAUAUGACGAAUGGUUUGAAAAAUAUCUUGUGGAAAAGCUGCACGCCCUGGGUCAGCAAGACUGUUCUCUUGUGUAAACAGUUAUAAAACCUGAGCUGUCUGUUUAUUGUUAAAUCAUGUUUACUCUUCUGCAGAAAGGAAUAAAAUGACCUUACUGCCAUUCCAAAGAAAACAAUGCUGCUGGUUAACUGAUAGUCUGUCUGCAAUCAACUCCAGCUACGUUUGAAGAUUCAGCAAAGAAAUUCAGCAAUUUCGCAACACGUUUUUCAAGGCGGCCACAAUGUAAUUCAGCUGUAACUAUAAGACAAGGCAAAAGUAUUCUACAGAAAGUUCAUCUGAACUGGUCAUUUCAAGUUGGUGAAAUAUUCAUAAUGGUAGGCUACAACAACGCCACAUGCAAUAUUGACGACUCUUUUAAGUACACACUGUAUGGCUGUGUGUUCAGCAUGGUAUUUUUCCUCGGCCUUAUAUCAAACUGCAUUGCUUUGUACAUUUUUGUGUUCUCACUAAAAUUGCGAAAUGAAACAACAAUAUACAUGACAAAUCUAGCUAUAUCAGACCUGCUGUUUGUUUUUACAUUACCACUCAGAAUUUUCUACUAUGCUACCAGAAACUGGCCAUUUGGAGACGUACUAUGCAAGAUUUCAGGUACACUGUUUCUCACCAAUAUGUAUGGAAGUAUUCUGUUUCUGACGUGCAUUAGUGUUGAUCGUUUCCUCGCAAUAGUUCACCCUUUUAGGUCAAGGACUCUAAGAACUAAACGAAAUGCCAAGAUUGUGUGUGUUGCCGUUUGGCUGACUGUUCUUGCAGGAAGUGUGCCCGCAACCUUUUUCCAAACCACCUCUGCACGAAACAAUAAAACUAAAACGUGUUUUGAAAAUUUUUCAAACAAGACCUGGAAGAACUAUCUGUCCAAAAUUGUGAUAUUCAUUGAAAUUGUUGGAUUUGUUAUUCCUCUAAUUCUAAAUCUUUCCUGUUUUUCAAUGGUUCUAAAGACACUGAGGAACCCGUUCACUCUCAGUCGAGGUAAAUUUAAAAGGAAAAAAGUUCUUAAAAUGGUGAUUGUACAUUUUCUCAUUUUUAUUUGUUGCUUUGUACCAUACAAUACAACUCUAGUGGUGUACUCACUUGUUAGAACUGGAUCAGUAAGCAAUUGCUCUGUCGUGAAAAUAGUUAAAACUAUGUAUCCAAUCACCCUUUGUAUUGCUGUCUCAAACUGCUGCUUUGAUCCUAUUGUUUAUUAUUUCACUUCAGAAACAUUUCAGAAUUCGAUCAAGAGAAAAUCAAUGUCAUUCAGGCCAGAUUCUGAAUUUUCGCAAUCUUUGAACACAGAGAGGUUUUUAACCACUGGUUUACGCACGUUAAAAGGCAAAAUGUCACAAUCAGAAUCUUCUGUUUGACAUCUGUAUUAGUUAUCCAACUGUACUUUGAGACAUACAAUUCAAACUUUCAGGGCAUCAUAACUGUGUGGUUUGUUAACAAUUAGUUACAGAACAAAGCUUCUACCUGAGCAGUCUAUUUUCUGUAUUAGAGGGAUUUUGGUCAUUGAUUAUGGAGGGGUGGAUAGUCCAGAAACAAAAUUUGGAAAGAAUCCAAUGUUUUAUGAAUUACAUUGGAGAAAAGAAUUGCCACAGCACGGGGGAGAGAAGAGAAACUCACUUCCCUUUUUGAUCAUGUAAUCUCUGUUUCCACCUUUAGCCUUAACAUAAAUCUAAUUUAAUGUGGAAAAGAGAAAACAACAAUGAGAUUACCACUAUUGUGCAUCAUUGUAACUAAUUUGUCAGAAAGAUUCUAUGCAUUAAUUGUACACAUAUGUGCAAGUUUAAAAAACCAAGUUUUCAUUGCAGCAACUAAUUUUCAGAUAAUCAAACCCUUUCUCCAGAAAUGUGCAAUGUUAAAAAGGACAUUUAUAUUUUUUAGCUUUUUUGUAUAUAUAAUAAAAGUAAUGUUUUGAAAUCUA